CAGUCCAUCUUUUGGGAGGUUCCCGUUGUACAAGGGGAAGCCCCUUGCCCCCGUUCGGGCCACUCAUUUACAGUGCUCGGUGAACGCUUUAUUCUUUUUGGAGGAUGCGGACGCAAGGACGGCAAAGCUGCUGCCUUCAACGAUUUGUAUGAGCUUGAUACAAGUGAUCCCGAUGAGUACAAGUGGAAGGAAGUCACAGCCACCAACCCACCACCCCCUCGCGCUCGCCAUACGGCAAUUGCGCUUGACGACAAGCGGCUGCUGGUGUUUGGCGGUCUCAAUAAACGGCUCCGCUACAACGAUGUCUGGGUGUUUAACUACGAGGAGAGAACCUGGACCGCUGCAGAUGUUGCGGGCAAUGCGCCAGAGCCCCGGGCGCACUUUACCGCAACGCGGUUCGGCAACAGGGUCUUUAUAUUUGGCGGCUAUGGCGGCAGUGGCCAGGUCUACAACGAGAUGUGGGUAUUGCGCAUCGGGGACGAGGGCUUCCGUUGGGAAAACAUCACGGAGUCACUGCAGGGCACCGGCCCCACCGCGCGCUUUGAUCACUCGGCCUUCAUCUAUCCCGUGACACCCAACUCGGACACUUACGACAAACUGCUUAUUAUGGGUGGCCGAGAUCUGAGCCAGAUGUACCAGGACAGCCAUAUGCUGGAUCUCAAUCGCAUGGCCUGGGAGAACGACACGCAGCCACCGACACUGCCCUACGAGAUCUGCAACAAUGUCUGCGAUGGCAUUGAGAGCGUGCCUUAUCACAAGGUCUUCAGCUUUGGCGGACGCAAGGGCAUGAUGCAGUAUCUCAACACCGUUGAGGUCAUGGACUGUGGCAGCCAGAUGUGGUCCACGCCUCCCGUGGACCACGGGACGCCGCCUGUGGGCCGUGAGGACACGGCAUGGGUGUUUGACGUAAAGACUUGCUCGCUGCUGAUCUUUGGCGGCUGGGCCAACCGAUGGCUGGGUGAUCUGCACAAGCUGAACGUGUCACCCAUCAUCGGCCCGCCUUACGCGUGCACAGGAAUUCAGCCAGAGAUGGGUCCGGUGUUUGGCUCGACGGAUAUCACAAUCCGCGGCCUGCGCUUCCGCGAUGGCAGGGUGCAGGUCAAGUUUGGGCUCAGCGAGAAGAACGAGGUCAUCGUCGAUGGCAUCUACGUGGACCCGGAAACAAUCCGCGUGCAGACGCCCAACUACGAGCAGUACGGCGCGCUCACCGUCGACGUGCGCGUCUCCAUUAAUGGCGAAGGCUGGACUGUCAAUAAGAUUAAGUUUGCAUAUUUCGCCAACACCGCUGCCCGCAACUGCAUUGCCUACGGCCCGGGCCUGCUUGCGGAGACGCUCUCCAGUGUGGAGGUGCCUUUCAUUGUCCAGGCAAAAGAUACACUGAACGACAAGCGCACGAGUGGUGGGGAUAUUUUUAAGGUCACUGUCGUUUCUGCCGACGGCAAGUACGAGGGCGUGUCUCGUGUACGCGACCUUAACAACGGCCAGUACGAGGUGCAUUACUUUGCACCCACGGCGGGAGUGUACAAUAUCCACGUCUCAUUCAACGAGCUUGGCACCGCUGACUUCGUGCCAAUCCGCGGCUCGCCGUUCUCGGUGCGCUGCGUGGACCCGUGGGUCAGGCCGCGCAUUAUGGGCACCGCCCCGUCGAAACGCAAGGGUGUCACGCUGUCCACACUGGGGAAUGAGCUGGUAUUGUAUGGUGGCGACAAGUCAGGCGUAACGAUGCUGCAAACGGAGCACACAGAGUGGCGAUGGAGCCCCGCGGGGGCCACGGGCGCAACGCCACCGGACCGUACCAUGCACUCCACGGUGGUGCUGAGCGACAGCGAGCUGGUAAUAUUCGGUGGCAUCGACUUGGCAGACCAGAACGACCUCAAUGAUGUCUACUAUCUUCGCAAACAGAGCGACGGCUGGGUCUGGAGCCGCCCCGCGGAGAACCGGCCGUACAUGCGGCACCCUAAGGGCGCUGCUGCGACGGACGAGGGGGCUGAGGAUAAGGCAGUAGCGGGCGAGGCUGCCGCCGCUUCUGGCGGGGAGGCUGCGGCAGCCGGGGAGGGCUGUGCGGGUGAUGGAGCCGACGAGAGGCCCACCAGCGCUGGUUUGGCGCCCGCUGCACCCAGCACUGAAGCGGCUCAGCAGGCCCACGAGCUUCCGGUGGCUGCGCGGAACAACGCCGCUGCCGUAGUGAUUGAUAAGGACCUCUACGUCAUGAUGGGCGACCAUGACGGCGACGUGAUGUUCGAGCUGGCCAUGAUGGACACCUCCGAUCGCCAGGCCGCCAAUUGGAUGGAGCCCAUUCUCAAGGGCGACAUCCCGGAACCUCGCAAGACCGCUGCUGCGGCGGCAACUGGCAACCGCAUCGUCAUGUUUGGAGGGCAGCUGCUUAAUGAUGAGGCUGAGAGUGUCGUGACGGGCGACCUGGUGAUUAUGGAGGUUACCGGACCCAACAACAUCCAAUGCACUGUUAACCCACCCACGGGGGGCUUGCACGGCGUACCGGCGCCACGCUAUGGCGCUGUUAUGCGCGAAUUCUCGCACGGCAAGGUUUUCCUUCACGGCGGCCUUGACACGGAGGGCAAGCCGCUGAACGAUGGCUGGCUAUUUGACGUUAUGGCCAAUAGCUGGGAGCGCGUCUACCUGGGCGCAUCUGACGUUGUAUUGCCCACUGGCAGCCUUGCCACACUGCUACGCAAUAGGAUUGUGCUGCUGUCUACAGCGUCCGGCUCGCCGAAGUUUGACCUGGUGCAGUACCUUGACUUCCUGGAGCAACGCGACUCGAUGACAUUUACGCCGAAGAUGCGCGUCGCCACGGAGGCUCUUCUUAAGAACCUGGAGGAAUGGGUGGAUGUGCAAGCACAUGGCAUGGAGCUUGCGCGCAGCCCUGAAAAGCUGAUCAAGGACUUUGAAAAUGGGCUCCGCAAAGUCAUGGACGCGCUGUACCAGGUCAAGAGCCAACGCGCCAGUACUGACCUUCUGAUUGAUCAGUUGCACGAGGCGUUUGCGCAGCUUGCCCGUGACAAGGUGCCGGGCGUGAACAAGAUGGAGAAACGCCUUGAGGACGCUGCACACAAGUGGGACGAGAUUAAGAAGGCGCAGCCACAGGUCAAGACGGACGUGGAGCCAAUCCAGGCUCAGAAAGGCGAGGAUAUCAAGAAGGAAAUUGAGGUCUUUGCGGCAAAGGUGCGCAACUAUCGCUCCGGCUUCCGGACGCGCGCGUUCUUUAAAUUCAGCACUGGCUUUGAUGCGGCGUACCCGGAGCUGGACGCUGCAGCGCGCGAACUGGCGGAACUGAAGAAGGAGUGUGAUCGCCUGGAAGAGCUGGCCAGCGUGUUUGAAUUCCCCCAGCUUACGGAGCCGGUGAUCGCAUCUAUCAAGGAGACGGUUGAGGACCUGGUCAUGGUCAAGGAUGUGUGGGACACGGCCGUUCUUUGCGAGCUGCAGUUCCAGGACUGGCGCCAAACGCUGUGGAGCGAUAUCCGGACCGACAUUAUGGAGGAGGGUGCCAAGCAGUUCGUCAAGGAGGUCAAGGGCCUGCACAAGAAGGUCCGAGAUGAGGACGUGUUUCGCGGAGUGGACCAGACCGUCAAGAAUUUCCUGGUGUCAGUGCCGCUGGUGGCCGACCUGCGCAGCCCUGCGAUGCGCGACCGCCACUGGGAGCAGCUUAUGUCCACCACCAAGGUGACGUUUGAUGUAAAGGACCCCAAUUUCAAGCUAAACGACCUGUUGGCCCUGGAGCUGCACAAGUUUGAGGAAGAGGUGGGCGAAAUCGUCGACCGUGCACAGAAGGAAGAGAAGAUGGAGGUAUCUCUGAAGCGUCUAACGGACACUUGGGCGCGCGUGGAGUUCCAGUUCGCACAGCAUAAGGACUACCCUGUCUACACCAUCAGGAUGGCGGAGGAGGACUUUGAGGCGCUGGAGGAUAACCAAGUGCAGGUCCAGGGCAUGAUUGCUAACCGCUACAUGGCCACGUUUAAGGACGAAAUCCUGGGCUGGCAGAAGAAGCUCAACGACGUGGCGGACGUGAAUCAGAUUAUGGCUGAAAUCCAGCGCACUUGGGCAUACCUGGAGUCCUUGUUCAUUCAUAGCGAGGAGGUCAAGAAGGAGUUGCCAGAGGCGACGGUCCGCUUCGCCAACAUUGACACUGAGGUCAAGAAGGUGCUGGCGGAGUUCAAGGAGAUCAAGAACUGCGUGGCGUGCUGCCACCGUGAAGGCCUGUACGCCAACUUGGAGACGCAAGAGCGUGAGCUGGAGAUAUGCAAGAAGGCUCUCAACGACUACAUGGAGUCGAAGCGCCGCGCCUUCCCGCGCUUCUACUUCGUGUCCGCUGCCGACCUGCUCGAUAUUCUGUCCAACGGCAAUAACCCUGUGCGCGUCCAGAUUCACAUGAAUAAGUGCUUCCAGGCUAUUGACAAGCUUCGCCUGGAUUCGGAGGAGGUGGUGCCAGGCCGCCGGCCGACGGGCCUGGGUAUGGAGUCCUGCGUCGGUAUCGAGUAUGUGCCCUUUUCGACACCGUUACCGCUGGAGAACAAGGUGGAGGAGUACAUGAACGACAUCAUCGUCAAGAUGCGCAACGAGCUGCGCAUGGUGCUCAAGGCGUCGGUGGAGGACUAUCCCACCAAACCGCGCGAGCAGUGGCUGUUUGACUGGCCGUCACAGGUCAUCCUGGUGGUCAACCAGAUUUUCUGGUGCAUGGAGGUGGAGCAGGCGUUCGUGGAGAUGGGCAAGGGCGACAAGGACGCGAUGGCCAAGUACAAUGAAUUCCAGGUCAAGCAACUGACUAAGCUGAUUGAGGUGACACGCACGGACCUGUCAAAGCCAAGCCGCCAGAAGAUCAUGAACAUGAUUACCAUCGACGCACACUCCCGUGAUAUGGUGCUGGCCAAGGCCGAUCAGCCGGAUUGUUUCCAAUGGGUCAGCCAGCUGCGUUCAUACUGGGACAACGAGAUUAUGGAUUGCCGCAUCCGUAUUUGUGACGCGUCCUUCCCCUACGGCUACGAGUACCUGGGCAACGGCCCGCGCCUCGUGAUCACGCCGCUCACGGAUCGCAUCUACAUCACGGCCACACAGGCGUGCUGGCUGUCUCUGGGUACCGCCCCUGCUGGCCCUGCCGGCACGGGCAAGACGGAGACCACCAAGGAUCUGUCGGCCCAGCUGGGCAAGUCGGUGUACGUCUUCAACUGCUCUCCAGAGAUGGACUAUCGCACCAUGGGCGACAUCUUUAAGGGUCUUGCUGCGUCGGGCUCCUGGGGCUGCUUCGACGAGUUCAACCGCCUUGUGCCGGAGGUGCUAUCCGUGUGCUCAGUGCAGUACAAGUGCGUCACUGACAGCCAGAAGCGCAAGACGAUGUUGCCAGGCCGCGGGCUAGAGUAUGUUAAGGACGGCGUGAAGCACCCAGCGAUUGAGAAGUGGUCAUUCAUCGCGGCAGAUGGCGUGGAGAUGCCACUGGAGGAGGGCACGUCGGCGUUCAUCACCAUGAACCCUGGCUACAUUGGCCGAGCGGAGCUGCCCGAGUCGCUCAAGGCCCUGUUCCGCCCCAUCACGGUGAUGGUUCCCGACCGGCAGCUGAUUAUGGAGAAUAUGCUCAUGGCGGAGGGCUUCGUCGAGGCCAAAAUGCUAGCCAAGAAGUUUGCAUCGCUCUAUUACCUGCUGGAAGACCUGCUCAGCCCACAGAAGCACUACGACUGGGGCCUGCGUGCAAUCAAAUCAGUGCUGGUGGUGGCCGGCUCGCUGCUGCGUGCGGAGGCGGGCCAGGUGGAGGCGGACGUGCUGUUCCGCGCUUUGCGCGAUUUCAACAUCCCCAAGAUCCUGGCGCAGGAUAUGGUCAUCUUCAUGGGCCUGCUAAACGACCUGUUCCCAGGCAUUGACCCGCCGCGUAAGCGCGACUUGGAAUUCGAGGAGGUGAUUGUGUCCACCAUCAAGGAGAUGGGCUUGACGGCAGAGGAUGACUUUGUGCUGCGGGUGGUGCAGUUCUCGGAGUUGCUGGCUAUCCGGCACUGCGUCUUCCUCAUGGGCCCCACGGGCACGGGCCGCACUGAGUGCUACCGCGUGCUGGCCAAGGCUAUUACCAAGGGCUGCAACAACCCGAUCAAUGAUUACCUGAAGAUGACCAACAAGAAGAAGGUCGUCAUCCGCGACAUCAACCCCAAGUCCAUCUCCACAUAUGAGUUGUACGGCCAGGUCAACCAGGCGACCCGCGAAUGGAAGGAUGGUUUAUUGUCGUACUACAUGCGUGAGCUGGCCAACUGGCCCGGCGACGAUCCCAAAUGGCUCAUGCUGGACGGUGACCUUGACGCCAACUGGAUUGAGUCCAUGAACUCGGUCAUGGACGAUAACCGCCUGCUCACGCUACCGUCCAACGAGCGUAUCCGCGUUCUGCCGCACAUGAAGCUAAUUUUUGAGAUCCGCGAUCUCAAGUUCGCCACACCCGCCACCGCCACGCGCGCUGGUAUCCUGUACAUCUCGGAGGGCCAGCAAUGGCACAACAUGGCCAUGUCCUGGAUCAACAGGGUCGUCAAACCAUACGCGGAGCGCGCCAAGUGGAAGGACCCCACGCUGCCGAUGCAGUGGCUGCGGGACAUGUUUGAGAAGUACAUCCCCACGACUCUGCUGGAGAUGAAGAAGAGCUACAGCCACAUCACGCCUCUGGCACAGAUGAAUUUCGUAACGACGCUCGUCAAUAUCAUGGAAGGGGUCUUACGGCCUGAAAACUUAUCGAAUAAAGCUGACCAGAGCCUCUUCGAGAUGUACUUUGUCUUUGCGAUGAUUUGGGCAUUUGGUGGAGCACUCGUUGAGAAAGACGGCAUACCUUAUAGGCGGAACUAUGACAAAUGGUUCAAACAGACUUGGACGACGGUCAAGAUCCCAAGCAAAGGCACGGUGUACGACUAUUUUGUCAAUCCCAAGACGCAGAAGUUCCAGCCGUGGGUUGAGCUGGUGACGGACAUUGACUACGACGGGUCGCAGCCCAUGUCCACCGUGUUCGUGCCCACUGCGGAGACAAGCAGUUUGCGCUUCUUCCUGGACAUGAUGGUCGACUUGCGCAAGCCCAUCAUGUUUGUGGGCGGCGCCGGUGUGGGCAAGACGCAGCUUGUUAAGGGCAAGCUCAGCAGCCUUUCUGAGGAUUUCAUUUCGCUGUCAAUCAGCUUCAACUACUUCACGGAUGUAGUCUCGUUCCAAAAGGUCCUGGAGAGCCCGCUGGAGAAGAAGGCAGGCAUCAAUUACGGGCCGCCGGGCACGAAGCAGCUCAUCUACUUCGUGGACGACCUUAAUAUGCCUAAGCUGGACUUGUAUGAGACGGCGAUGCCCAUCUCCCUGAUCCGCCAGCACUUGGGCUGGGGCCACUGGUUCGACCGCACCAAGCUGACGCCCAAGAACAUUAACAACACACAGUACGUGGCGUGCAUGAACCCCACUGCCGGCUCCUUCAUCAUAAACCCGCGCUUACAACGCCUGUUCAUGACGCUGGCGGUGGACUUCCCGGGCCAGGACUCACUUAUGAAGAUCUAUGGCACGUUCCUGCAGGGCCACCUGAAGAAGUUCAGGGAGGAGAUCCAGGACAUGGGCACCAAGAUCUUGCAGGCUGCCCUGGCGCUGCAUGACAAGGUGUCGCAAACGUUCCGCAAGACCGCCAUCAACUUCCAUUACGAGUUCACGGUGCGCCACCUGGCCAACGUGUUCCAGGGUCUGCUGAUGUCCACCCCCGAAGCCUUCAACUCACCCGUCAAGUGGGGCAAGCUGUGGCUGCACGAGUCGGAGCGUGUGUACGCUGACCGUCUUGUCUCGCUCUACGACCUGGAUGCCUACAACAAGGCAGCAGUUGCCAUCGCUAAGAAGUACUUUGCCGUCACGGACAUUGACGAUUACUACAAGAAGAAGGACCCCAAGCCGCUCAUUUUCUGCCAUUUUGCACGCGGCCUUGCGGACAAGGCAUAUGAUGAGGUGCAGGACUACGCAUCGCUAUUUAAGAUUCUCACGGAGGCACUGAACGAAUACAACGACACCAAUGCCGCCAUGGACCUUGUGCUGUUUGAGGACGCCAUGAAGCACGUGUGCCGCAUCAGCCGCAUCGUGUCGAACCCGUCCGGCCACGCCCUGCUUGUGGGUGUGGGUGGCUCCGGUAAGCAGUCGCUUGCACGUUUGGCGGCGCAUAUCUGCGGCUACAUCACGACCACUAUCGUCAUCUCCGGCUCCUACUCGAUGAAUAACUUCAAGGAGGAUAUCCAGAAGAUGUAUCGCCGCGCCGGCGUCAAGGGUGAAGGGGUCAUGUUCCUAUUCACAGACUCACAAAUCAUUGACGAGCGCAUGCUGGUGUACAUCAACGACCUUCUGUCUUCGGGCGAGAUCCCGGACCUAUUCCCACAGGAGGACAAGGAUGACAUUAUAAAUGCACUGCGUUCGGAGACCAAGAGUCUGGGCUUGCUGGACACGCCGGAGAACUGUUGGGGCGUGUUCAUCCAGAAGGUCAAGACCAACCUGCACAUGGUUUUCACGGCCUCCCCGGUCGGCGAGAACUUCCGCGUGCGCUCUCAGCGCUUCUUGGCGACCGUCACAUCAACCGUCAUCGACUGGUUCCAGCCGUGGCCCGAGAGCUCGCUGUUUAGCGUGGCCAAGCGCUUUCUGGACGAGGUGGACCUGGGCGAGGACACCGUCCGCAACGCUGUCGUGGAGUUCAUGCCGUACAGCUUCCAGCUCGUGAAUAAGGUGUCUAUCAAGUUCCGGGAGACGGAGCGCCGAUACAACUACACGACCCCGAAGACGUUCUUGGAGCUGAUUAAGCUGUACAAGAACGUGCUAGCCGCCAAGCGCAAGGGCAACCUGGACAAUACAGAACGCCUGGAGAAUGGUCUGCAGAAGCUGCACAGGGUGCAGGCGGAUGUGGACGUGCUGGUAGAAGAGGCCAAAGUCAAGGCUGUCGAGGUGGAGAACAAGGUCGCGUCCGCCAACAUCUUCGCGGAACAAGUCGGUGUUGAGAAGGAGAAGGUCAAUGCGGAGAACGCUGCGGCGCAGAUUGAGGCCGAGAAGUGCGCGGUCAUCGCAAAGGAGGUGUCUGAGAAGCAGGCCAGUUGUGAGGCCGACCUGGCUGCCGCCGAGCCGCUGGUGGCGGAGGCCAUGGCUGCGCUCGAGACGGUGACCAAGAAGGAUCUGGGUGAGGCCAAGUCUCUCAAGAAGCCACCACCAGGCGUCGACGACAUUACCGCCGUGGUCAUCUGCCUGCUGGACAACAACCCCAAGGACAAAUCGUGGGCGGCGGCGCAAAAGAUGAUGAACAACGUGGACAAGUUCCUCGAGCGUGUGAAGUCAUUCAAGACCGUUAUCGAUGCCGGACAGGUUGCACGCAAGACGGUGGAUGCGUGCCGGCCAUACCUCCAGCUUGAGCACUUCAACCGCGAGGCCAUCGGCAAGAAGUCGGCUGCCGCUGCCGGUCUGUGCGAGUGGGCCAUCAACAUCAUCAAGUACUAUGACGUCGUUCAGGAGGUGGAGCCCAAGCGUCAGGAAUUGGCUGCGGCCAAUGCAAAGCUCGAGGAAGCCAACGUCACGUUGGCGGCCGUGCAAGAGAAGGUGGCCCUAUUGAACGCUAAGGUCCAGGAGCUGGAACAGCAGUUCAAGGAGGCCAACGACGACAAGGAGGCCGCCAUCCGCGAGGCGGAGCGCUGCCAGCGCAAGCUUGAGCUGGCCAACCGCCUGAUUAAUGCGCUUGCAUCUGAGGGCGAGCGCUGGGCGCUGACCGUGGAGCAGCUGCGCAAGAAUUACGAGGUGCUGACUGGCGAUAUGCUUCUGGCUGCGGCCUUCGUGUCGUACGCUGGCCCCUUCACUGCCAAGUUCCGCGCGCAGCUGAUUGACGACUGGAUCCUCUUCCUGCGAGAGCGUCAUAUGCCCAUGACUGAGGGCAUUAGCGACCCGCUGAAGGUUCUGGUGGACGAUGCGCUGGUGGCGGGCUGGAUCCGCGAGGGCCUGCCGUCCGAUCCCACCUCCGUCCAGAACGGAACCAUCCUGACUAACUCUGAGCGCUGGAGCUUGAUGAUGGACCCGCAGCUCCAGGGCAUCCUGUGGAUCAAAGAGCGUGAGAGCAAGAACAACCUACAGGUCACGCGUAUGGGCGCCCCUAACAUGCUUACCGUCAUGGAGCGCGCUAUUGAGAGUGGCCACAGCGUGCUGAUUGAGAACAUGGGCGAGGCCAUCGAUGCGGUGCUUAACCCCGUUAUUACGCGCUCCACCUUCAAGAAGGGUCGCUCCCUUUAUGUCAAGCUGGGCGACAAGGAGUGCGAGUAUAACAAAAAUUUCAAGCUCUUCCUGCACACCAAGCUCUCUAACCCUCACUACCCGCCUGAGAUUCAGGCCGAGACGACGCUGAUCAACUUCACGGUGACAGAGCAGGGUCUGGAGGACCAGCUGCUCGCGCUGGUGGUGAACAAGGAGCGUCCCGACCUGGAGGAGACCAAGACGCAGCUCAUUAUCCAGAACACAGAGUUCACCAUCAAGCUGAAGGAGCUGGAGGACGGGCUGCUGCUCAAGCUAUCCACCGCAGAGGGUGACAUCACGGAGGAUGUGGCGCUCAUCGAGUCUCUGGAGGAUGCCAAGAGGGUUUCCACAGAGAUCAGCGAGAAGGUCAAGGAGUCUCGUGAGACAGAGCAAGCAAUCAACGAAAACCGCAACAAGUACCGCACCGUGGCGGCACGUGGCGCCAUGCUGUUCUUCCUACUUAACUCUCUGAACAAGAUCCAUGCCUUCUAUCAGUUCUCACUCAACGCCUUCGUAACGGUCUUCAGCCGUGGUCUGGACCUGGCACCGGGUGGACGCAAGAAAAAGCCACAGCUGAAGAAGCAGCCGUCGCUACGUGACCAGCCUAUGGAUCACCAGACACUGAUGGAGAAGGCCCGCCGCAGCAGCGGUGUGAGCGAGCGACGCUCGAGCCAAGAGGGUAUCCCUGUAGUGGAGGCGUCUCAGACAUCGCUGCCAGACUCACAGAACGGCCGCGGCAGCCAGGGCGGCGACGAUGACGAAGAGGAGGAGUCGUUCAGCAUGAGCCCCGAAGCGCUGGAGGAACGGCUGAUCAGUCUCCUGGAGACGUGCACAUACACCGUGUACAACUACACGCGGCGUGGCUUGUUUGAUCGCGAUAAGCUUAUUGUGCUCAGCCUUCUCACGUUCACCAUCUUGCUGCGUAGCCAGGCAGUUGAUGCAUCAGAGUACGAGGCGCUGUGCCGCGGCAUGCGCAAUCCCACGCCGCCACCCAUCACUGAUGACCUUAGCCGGUGGAUGACGGAGUCGCAGUGGUCGGCGCUGGAUGUCCUGACGGCGCUGCCGUGUUUUGCGCACCUGGCCAAGGACAUGGAGAAGAACAGCGACGACUGGUACACCUGGUGCAAUAAUGAGGCGGCGGAACGCGCCACCAUGCCCGGAGAUUGGGCACGCCUGUCGGAAUUCCGCCAUCUGCUGAUCAUUCGCGCGCUGCGGCCUGACCGUAUCACCAACGCACUUCAAAACUUCUGCGAGCACAUGAUGGGCGCUGCGUAUGUCAACCAGGAUGCCUUCUCACCGGCUUCUAUGAUGGAGGAGUCCUCCUCGGCGACUCCCAUCUUCUUCAUCCUUUUCCCCGGCUACAGCCCCAGCAAGGAGAUUGAGGUGUAUGCCAACAAGUCCGGUUACAGCGUGGCGAACGGCCGGCUAUGCCUCAUUUCCAUGGGUCAGGGCCAGGAGGCGCCGGCAGAGGCGGUACUGGACAAGUACACUCGCGAGGGCGGCUGGGUGUUCCUUGACAAUGUGCACCUGAUGCAGGGCUGGAUCCCAAAGCUCGAGCGCAAGCUGGAAAUUGCGGCGGAGACUGCACACCCCGACUUCCGCUGCUUCUUCUCUGCGGAGCCCAUCAAUGGUGCGCCGCAUGCCAAGAUCAUCCCGGAAUCCAUCCUCCAGACUUGUAUCAAGAUCUCUAACGAGCCGCCCUCGGACAUGAAGUCGAAUAUGCGCCGCGCCUUUGCAGCCUUCACCCCCGAGCAGUGCGAACGUCCCUCAACGCCAGCCAAGCGCGUGGCCUUCCGCGCCAUCCUCUUCGGCUUAUGCUUCUAUCACUCCCUCCUGUUGGGCCGCAAGAAGUUUGGUGUGGGUAUUGGCACAGGCUCGGGGUCGGGGCUGGGUUUCUGCCGCGGCUACUCGUUCAACAUGGGCGACCUCACGACCUGCGGCGACGUGCUGUACAACUAUCUCGAAGCGUACGAGCAGAUUCCAUGGCGCGACCUGCAGUACAUGUUUGGCGACGUGUUCUACGGUGGCCACAUCACUGAUGGCAUGGAUCGCCGCUGUUGCAACACCUAUCUUGAGGUUCUCAUCCGGAAGGAGAUCCUGCCGGUUGGAAACCCGGAGGAUCCGGCCACCUGGGAGGCACCCACGCUGGAGCUGGCGCCGGGCUUCCGUGCACCCGUGCCGACCGACUAUGCUUCGCUCAAGGAGUACAUUGAGACCAGCCUGCCGGCAGAGAGCCCCGUGGUCUACGGUAUGCACCCCAACGCGGAGCUGUCACUUCUGACCAGCCUGGGUGAGACGCUGUUCAAGACGGUGGUGGAGGUGACCGGCGGCGGUGGUGGCGGUGGUGGCGGCGGUGGUGGUGGAAGUGAAAACUCUGUCCGUACCGCAUUGGAGAGCUACAAGGAGCGCCUGCCGGAGCCGUUCAACAUGGUGGAGGUGGAACUUCGCGUUAAGGACAAGACGCCGUUUGUGGUGGUGGCAUUACAGGAGGCGACGCGCAUGAACGCGCUGCUGAUGGAGAUGAAGCGCUCCAUGGAGGAGCUGCAACUGGGUUUGGACGGAGCGCUCAACAUGUCGGAUAACAUGGAGAAGCUGGCCAAGGGCAUUGCAUCGAACUCCGUCCCGGAGCUGUGGAUGAGCUGCAUGUCGACACGCGUGCAGGAGGUGUACACGCUGUCGGCCUGGUACGCCGACGUGCUAAAGCGCUACGAGCAGCUGGCGGCUUGGACGGCUGGCGACAUUAUCACACCCGCAUCGGUGUGGUUGCCUGGUUUGUUCAACCCCAAGGCCUUCCUCACCGCGGUCAUGCAAACGUACGCCCGUGCAAACAAGCUGCCGCUCGAUGUGAUGAAAUUCAUUACGGAGGUUACACGCAUGACAAGCCCGGAGCAGGUGGCCGAGCCGGCGCCGUUGGGUGUGUACGUACACGGGCUAGUACUGGAGGGCGCACGAUGGGACCGUGAGGACGCCUGUCUGCGCGACUCGAAGCCCAACGAGUUGCACCCGGCCAUGCCGGUGCUGCAGGUCAAGCCCGUUACGGCCGAUCAGUUCAACCUGGAGGGCUACUACGAGUGUCCUGUGUACACGAACAUGCAGCGUGCCAAUGUGUACUCGCCCAUCGUGUCGACGUUCACGUUGCGCACGCAGGAGCCGGCCUCUAAGUGGGUGCUCGCAUCCGUGGCGCUCCUCCUGCAGGAUGACCUUGCGGCGUAGUUAAGCACAUGGGGCGGUGCGGUUGGCGGUGCGAUUUUGGCGAUGAAUCGUCUGUGCAUGCUCUGUUUUUGGUGAUGUACACGAUGUUUUUGCUAUAUCUCAUUUGCGUGAGUGAAGCUGUGUGUUUGGACGUUAAGUACAACGCCCUGGUUGUUUGCGCAUAUCAGAGGUAGAUUGGGUGUCGAUCUUGGCGCGACCGAAUGGUUCAAUUGUAUCCUGAUGGAGAGUGCCGUGUGGCAAUAGUUUUACGAUCUGUGUGUUGUCCCAUUUGAGAAUACCACAUGCUUGCGGCACAAAUGCUUUUACAACCAGAUGUAUUGAAUGGAGCGAACCCUCGGUGUUGCUGGUCUCUGUAGCCUACCGAAAGUGCGUUGAUGGAUUUCAACCGGCUGCAUGGGGGCUGCAGCGCUUGCGAGCAUAUAGGGGUAACACGUGAUUGCCCUUGUUCGGAAGGACGUCAUCGGCCACGCAACUGCGUGUACUGUACCACCCUUUAUUGAGCUAUUUGUGCGUGCUAUGGACUGGUUCGGGCUUACGUGGUCUCGAUUGUUGAGGACAAAUUUGCACAACUGGUUCCCUGGGGAGGCCUCCAGUAUAACAUAUUGUAAUAACAUAUUGCCUUG